GAACGCCUGCAGGAUUAUGUUGGGAAAGAGGAGGAUUUCUCUGACCAGCAGCUCUAUGAAAAAAAGAGGAAAUCCAGUUUGGACCAAGAGGAACCAGAAGCUCUGCAGAUAAAAGAAGAGCAGAAAGAACCAGAACAUCCCUGGACAAAAGAGGAAACUGUGGAGGUCCCCAUUAGUGAGCAUGAAGAGCAGCUUGUUCUGAAGCACGAGACUGAAGACACAGGAGAGAAUUAUUUCCCAUGUUUAAAAUGUGGAGAAAACUUUCUGAAAAAAGAACAUUUAAUGGUUCAUAUGAGAACUCACACAGGUCAGAAGAUUUAUGAAUGUCUUUCCUGUGGAAAAAUGUUCAGAAAGAAAUCUAGUCUUGAUAAACACAUCAGAAUUCACACAGGUGAGAAGCCUUUUUCUUGUAUUGUUUGUAACAAGAAUUUUACUGAAAAAAGUAAUUUAACUACUCAUAUGAGAAUUCACACAGGUGAGAAGCCUUUUGAAUGUCUGUUCUGUGGAAAAAGCUUCACUCAGAAAUAUAAUCUUGAUACACACAGCAGAAUUCAUUCAGGUGAGAAACCAUUUUCCUGUACGAUUUGUAACAAGAAAUUUACCGAAAAAAUUAGUUUGACUUCUCACAUGAGAAUUCACACUGGUGAAAAGCCUUUUUCAUGUACGAUUUGUAACAAGAAUUUUUCUGUAAAAACUCAUUUGACUUAUCACAUGAGAAUUCACACAGGUGAAAAGCCUUUUGAGUGUCUAUCCUGUGGAAAAAGCUUCACUCAGAAGUAUUAUCUUGAUACACACACCAGAAUUCAUUCAGGUGAGAAGCCUUUUUCCUGUACUAUCUGUAACAAGAAUUUUACUGACAAAAGUAGUUUGACUAAACACAUCAGAAUUCACACUGGGGAGAAGCCUUUUUCCUGUACCAUUUGUAACACAAAUUUCACUGAAAAGGGUAGUUUGACUACUCACAUGAGAAUUCACAAUGGUGAGAAGCCUUUUUCUUGUACGAUUUGUAACAAGAAUUUUACUGAAAAAGGUAGUUUGACUUCUCACAUGCGAAUACACACUGGUGAGAAACCUUUUUCUUGUACGAUUUGUAACAAGAAUUUUACUGUAAAAAGUAGUUUGAUUUCUCACAUGAGAAUUCACACUGGUGAGAAACCUUUUUCCUGUACCAUUUGUAACAAGAAUUUUACUCAAAUAGGUCAUUUGACUAGACACAUGAGAAGUCAUGCAGGUGAUAAGCUGUUCUCCUGAAAUAUUUUUUUAACAAAGGUUUUAAAUGAGAAGGUAAUUUGACUAUUCAGAUAACAUUUAUUCAUGCAGGA